AUGAAUAAAUUCAAAUGGCAUCUAUUAUUUUAUCAAGCAAUUUCUUCUCUUCUCGAUUUUUGUUUUUCAAUUGGAUUUUCACCCGUGGCAAUUCCAGCCAUCACAUUUGGAUAUUCGACGGGAAUAUUCCGAUUUUUUCUGGAUGCCAGAGACAUGAUAUCGCUUGCUGUUGUUUUGAUGACAAUGUCAGGCCUCUCAAUUCUUGAAAUCUUCCUCUACCGUUGGCAAAGUCUGCAGUUUCCCAAUUCUCCACAGCAAUUAUCAACUCGCAUGUAUAUUUUUAUAUGUGUAUUGGUAGUGUCUACUCUUCUAUCCACAGUUUUUGGAUUAUACUUAUUUCUUGCAACGGAUCAAAAAGUUUGGAUGGAGAAAUUGUCACGUAAAUACUCUUGCAUUGAAUUUUUGAUGACACUUCCUGCUGCAUACGUCUGUGAUCCAAUGAAAUACUUCGGUGUCGCAUUGUAUGGUUCAAUAACGACGGUGAACAAUGAUUACGGAUUCAGAAAAUCGAAAAAGCAAAAGCAAAUGCAAAAAAGGUUACUGUACAUGCUUUGCGCCCAGGUCAUGUUCCCUUUUUCUGCAUAUUUUGUUGGUGGGUUGAUAAUAAUUACAAGUCUUACGUUUCAAAUAAAGGGAACGCAAAACGCGUUCAACUUCGCAGUUUUCUUAUUUAGCCAUUACGGAUUUGCUACAUCGUUUGCAGUUGUACUGUGUAACGACCCGUAUAGAUAUUAUACAAAGAAUCUGAUAAUGAAAAGUAUGCAUUCGAUUGGAAAACAUGGAUCAAAAUUCCAGUUUCAGAGUCACAUUCAUCCAUAA